AUGUCACAACAAGAAUGUGACACUGGCGCCCAACUCCCCCAUGCCAACGUCUCCCCGCAAAGUGGAAUGUCAUCCACCCGAGUGUACAAGAGGAGAAUGGUGCCGGAAAGGAGAUCAGCUGAGGUAGACGACCUUACUCAUGGGGACUACAGCCAAUGGCACUCACUAGAAGAGCUAACUGUCGGAAAAGUCUCUGGACCCGGUAAUUCCUCAACUCGACCUCACGGUGCCAGUGGAUUUAUCCACCGGCUAUCUAUUCUGUCACACAGGAGACUAAACUUCAUAGGCUCUGGCACGCCCGACAGUGACUUGCUGACACCUUUACAGGUGACAGCAUGGUUCAACGAUGAUGAGGAAGGCGGAACAUACGUGUCCCUGACCCCCACACUGACUGGAAAUGAAGAAGAUCUGCAAGUGCAGGAGGAGACCAACAGGCUAUGUCGUUUUCUCAAAACCAGACUCAAGCGCACUCCGGGCGAAUUCCAAGAAGAUUGUGAUAUGCUUGACAAUGCGUGCAGAUUGUUCAUGAGCAUAUCUGAAGGUCAAUAUGGUACAUCAAAGAGCAUAGCGCUUGACCUCUACAGCCAAAAGCCUCGGCCUCGGUUCCAGUCGACGGGGCCGGUCAAUCCAGGAUCCUCUGUGGUACUAAGAAUUGGGAUGAUCAAGUCAGCUCUUGGUCCGUUACUUUUCAUUCUCAAUGGAGAUGCACACCCAGACACAGACAGAAUCUUUGAAGCAACAGUGGAGCGAGCCAGUCUACCAUCAGAGAGCAAGGCGCUAUACAGAUUCUAUGCUGAGGAUUCCGAGGGUAAGAAUCCGGUGUUACGGGGUAACAAUCCCAAAGCGGAGGUCAUAGAAGUCAAUGGAAGCGGUUGCGUUCAGACGGACUGGGUUUCCUCUUUGAUAUCUUCCCUUCUAAGAUUGUCUGUGGAGGUUUCUCCAUCUAGCCAAUUAGGAAGAUACUGA